AUGCCCCUGGACCCAGCUGCAUGCCCCUGGACCCAGCUACCUGCCCUUGGUCCCAGCUACAUGCCCCUGGAACCAGCUACAUGCCCCUGGACCCAGCUACCUGCCCCUGGUCCCAGCCACCUGCCCCUGGACCCAGCUACCUGCCCCUGGACCCAGCUACCUGCCCCUGGACCCAGCUACCUGCCCCUGACCCAGCUACCUGCCCCUGGACCCAGCUAUCUGCCUGCCCCUGGACCAGCCACCGCCUCCUCCUGUUUGCGACCUCUGCCUGUCCCUGGACCCAGCUACUGCCUUCUCCUGUUUAUGACCUGCCUGUCCCUGGACCCAGCUAAAUUCACCCUGUUUAUGACCUUCUGCUCGCCCCUGGACUCAGCUACCUGCCUCCCAGCACAUCCUGCCUGUCUCUGGACCCGCUACCUGCCCCUGUACCCAGUUACCUGCCCCUGUACCCAGCUACCUGCCCCUGGACCCAGCCACCCUGCCCUGACCUUCAGCUACCUGUCUGGACCCAGCUACCUGCCCUGGACCCUGUUUAUGCCCCUGACCCAGCUACCCACUGGACCCAGCCACCAAGCCCUCCGGACCCAGCUACCUGCCCCUGACCCAGCUACCUGCCCUGACCCAGCUACCUGCCCCUGUACCCAGCUACCUGCCCCUGGACCCAGCUACAUGCCCCUGGACCCAGCUGCAUGCCCCUGGACCCAGCUACCUGCCAUUGGUCCCAGCUACAUGCCCCUGGAACCAGCUACAUGCCCCUGGACCCAGCUACCUGCCCCUGGUCCCAGCCACCUGCCCCUGGACCCAGCUACCUGCCCCUGGACCCAGCUACCUGCCCCUGGACCCAGCUACCUGCCCCUGACCCAGCUACCUGCCCCUGGACCCAGCUAUCUGCCCCUAGUCCCAGCUACAUGCCCCUGGACCCAGCUACCUGACCCUGGACCCAUCUACCUGCCCCUGGACCCAGCUACCUGCCCCUGA